AAGUCAAGGGGAGGGAAAGAGACACUGAGAAAGAGGGAUGGUUGGAGAGGGAGGAUGUAGGACCACGAUGCACAGCGGAGAAGCCGUGAUUGGAGAUUGCUAGAGGGUCUGGGUAGCUGCGGUUAAGAGCAGUCGAGCUCUGGGUCUCUGUGGGUCUUUGUUAGGGUGGCUGGAUAUCUGUUUGGGGCUGGUUGGUCUUCAUUAGAGUGGCUGGGGGUCCUGAAGAAUUCAUGGCUGAAAAGCAGCUGGAGGAUCCUAAGUCCAUUCCAGCAGAGCAGACCAAGAUGUAUUCACAGAACCAGUUCAGUCUGAGAACACCGCAGCCUGGACACAGACAGUCCACACGUAGGGAUCCUAAGAAGUGGGUGAGGUCUGGGUGUGUUAAUGGGGUGCAGCCUAGCAGGGCCAUGAAGUCCCAUCACUCCCCAGAGAACGCGGCCAGGGAGAGGAGCCGUGUGCGUAACCUCCGUCAGGCCUUCCACAGCCUGCAGGCAGCCCUGCCCUCCGUCCCCCGUGACACCAAGCUCUCCAAGCUGGACGUCCUGGUCCUGGCCACCGACUACAUCGCCCACCUUACUGAGACUCUGGAUCAGGGAGGGCCUCUGUCUGAACUCCCACUACCCCCCAGGGCAGGGGGCUACCUCCACCCAGUCAAGAAGUGGCCGAUGCGCUCCUUGCUGUACUGUGGGAGUGUGGGAGGACUGCUGUCAGCCAAUCAGACACCAGUGUCAGGAGAGAAGGCGACGCAUCCACUGACCCCUAGCCCAGAGGUCAACAUGGAUAGAUCCAUUUAGUACUAGGAGCGAUGAAAUAACAAUAUAUCCAACUUAACUUAUAUCCACCUGCUUAUGAAACUGCAGUGAAUUGCAAUGUACAAGUUAUGUACUUGCUGAACACGGAAACUCUUACAAUGUCCAGGGGAUUAGAUACAAUGAUUAAGAUAUAAAAUACAAAACCAAAGGAUCGCUUUGCUUAGCACAUUGUACCACUUAUUUAUUACACGGCUUAAAACAUAAAUCACUAAAAGUGUGUAAAAUAAUUUGUUAUGAUCUAAGAGUGCAAUGUUGUUUUGAGGGUCUCAAAGCAAUGUUGACCAUUUCAGUGACUUAUUGUGUUUUUAGCUUUAGGAUGAAUUAAAGUUGAUCUUUAUCCCUGUC